GAGCCCUUAAAAAACUACAAAAAGACUUUCGGUUGGUGUCCGCCCCUGAAACAUUUCCCGCGCGCAAAAAAAAAAAAAAAAAAAAAAGGAAACAGCGGAACAGACAAACUCAUUCACGCUUCCCUGAAGAUCCUGUUUUUCCAAAAAUGCCUCGCAUUGAGAAUGACAUCAAGCUGGACUUUAAGGACGUGCUCCUGCGUCCAAAGAGAAGCACGCUCAAGUCCAGGAGCGAGGUGGACCUAAUGAGGAGCUUCACUUUCAGGAACUCCAAAGGCACCUACAGAGGGAUCCCCAUCGUCGCUGCUAACAUGGACACUGUGGGGACCUUUGAGAUGGCCUUGGCUCUGCAUCAGUUCACUCUCUUCACCACGGUUCACAAACAUUACUCCGUGGAUGAUUGGGUGGGGUUUGCUGCCAAGAAUCCCGAUUGCGUGAAGAACGUGGCGGUCAGCACAGGUACCGGCGACGGCGACUUUGACAGGAUCUCAGCCAUCUUGGCGGCGGUGCCACAGCUGCAGUACAUCUGUGUAGACGUGGCCAACGGCUACUCCGAACACUUUGUUCACUUUGUCAAAGACGUCAGGCAGAAGUUCCCCUCGCACACUAUAAUGGCAGGAAAUGUGGUGACAGGAGAGAUGGUAGAAGAGUUGAUCCUGGCUGGUGCUGACAUCAUCAAAGUUGGCAUCGGACCAGGCUCUGUGUGUACCACCCGCAAGAAGACAGGUGUGGGAUACCCCCAGCUCAGUGCUGUGAUCGAGUGUGCAGACGCAGCCCAUGGCUUGGGUGGCCACAUCAUCUCUGAUGGGGGGUGUACUUGCCCAGGAGAUGUCUCAAAGGCUUUUGGCGCUGGAGCGGACUUUGUGAUGCUGGGCGGUAUGCUCGCCGGCCAUUCAGAAUGCGGGGGUGAAGUUAUCGAGAAGAGCGGCAAGAAGUACAAGCUGUUCUACGGUAUGAGCUCCGACACAGCGAUGAAGAAACAUGCAGGGGGCGUGGCUGAGUACAGAGCAUCGGAGGGGAAGACAGUGGAAGUGCCUUACAAAGGUCCGGUGGACGUGACAAUACGAGACAUCCUGGGUGGGGUCCGCUCUACCUGCACCUAUGUAGGGGCGGGAAAGCUAAAGGAACUGAGCCGCAGGACCACCUUCAUCAGGGUCACUCAACAGCUCAACACUGUCUUCGGCAAUGACAGCUGAAUCCUUCGGGCUUAAUCCGGCUUCAGAUGGAAGGAUGAAUCUGCAACAGUGAGCAGACGUCUUCAUUUAUACUUCAAUUUCUUCCUUUUUUUUUUCUCUUCAUGGUGGAGGUUUAUAGAUUUAAAGUUUUCAAUGCAAUUUUAUUAGAAUGAUUUUUAAUUUUUGAGUUUUCCGCACAAAAUCCAAAUUACUUAACACGUGAAAUGUAACUUUUUUUCAUACAAGCCACAGAGUGUUUGAGUGUGUCUCCGGACAUUAAGACAUGAGCUGGUGACCCUGCAUGAGUCUCUGCUCUGUCACUAUCCCAAUGCAAGGCCUUCAGUCAGUCUUUUUACAUGUAUGCAAAUCUGCAGCGGCCUCUAAAACCAGUAUCUACUUAUGUUUCUAUGCAUCGUUAGCCUUCCUUACCCACAUAUAAAACUAUAGAGUCUUAGCAGCUGCUGCUAGUUAGGGUCAUAGAUCCAUUUUUUAGAGAUGUUAUCAUUCCAUCACUCAGUACGUUUUGCACUUUAAUCAUUUAUUAUUUUAUUUCAUUUUUCAUCAAUGUUUGGUAACUAGUGUCAAACAUUUCCAACACCUAUUACUGUUACUUUGCUUUCACAAGAGGGUGAAUUUAAUAUAAGAAAACGUUACACACGGACCAGUAUGUGCUGAUUUAGAUUACUAGUACCUUCCAGUACACAGUGAGGAAAUGCUGACAUCAUAGCAAUGUGUUACAAUAUUUAAUAAUACAGGCAGCGUCUCUGUUCUUUGGUUCUUGCUGCUCUUGGUCAAUAAUAAAACGGUUGUUUGGUGUAUUUUAGUAAUGUGCACAUCCAGUACAUUUAUGAUAAUUAAUAGCUGUUAAAUGAAGAGUUAAUUCUUAAGUUUUAAUGUAUUAGUAAAGGCUUUGGUUGAAUAGGUGAAGGUUCUGAAGUAACUCAAGCUGCUCUUGAGUAUUCUGUCUUCUUUCUUUUGUCACAUCGGUUUGAAAAGACAAAUUGUGUGAUUGAAAUGAAGUUUAUGAAUUCAAUUUUGAGUUUUAAUCAAUCAAUAAAAACAUUCCACAUCUGAA